AAAUAGAAUCUAUUAAUAUAUAAAUAUGCUCUAAUCGAUAGGUGAAACAAUUUAAAGCCAACCUUCAAUAAAUUAUGGGACUGUAAGAUACUCAUUCAAAUGCGUUCGUCGUCACUUAUUUCAAGAUAAAGUUUAUUAUGUUCAUGCUUUACCCAAUUUAAUAACAAUAGGAGAUGUAUAAAAUUAGCGAUAAUCUUAGCAUAUUAAUGAUCCAAAUCCUAAGUAUAAAUUAGAACUGAAUUUGAAAAAUAUAGUUUAUUGGAAGUAGGAACAUGGUUAAAAUCGUGCCUUUGGUAUAAAAUAUAAGUAAGUUUUGAAAAAGAAGAAUAAUUUAGAAAGAAUGUGAAGUUCUUUGAAGCAACGUCAGAAUAAUUACAAAAAUUUAGACAAGAAAUAAGUUGUUUAAUAGGGUUCCAUUCUUUAGAUGAUCACUAUAAAAUAGAUGAAUUGAUAGGAAAAGGGUCCUUUUCUUCUGUUUAUAAGAUUUUUAGAUAACAUGAUAAAAAAGUAUUUGCUAUGAAAUAUGUAUCAAGUAAAUAAAAGAAUGAUAAAGAAAACAUGGUAAUGAAAAUAAAUGUAUAAUAAUAGUAAUUAGUGGAAAACGAGAUUGGAAUUCUACGAUCUUUUAAUCAUGAUUAAAUUUUGAAAAUUUAUGAAGUAUAUCGUGUUGAAGAAUAUCAUUAUGGAAUAAUAGUAGAAUAUUUGGAUGGAAUAGCAUUAUCAACUUUAAUUGAUUAACUUAAAAAAAAUUAACACGUUCUUAAAGAAUCAGAAAUAAAAACAAUACUUUAAGCCUUAUUAAUGGCAUUAGCAAUAAUCCAUUAAGAAUAGGUGAUACAUAGAGAUAUUAAACCAUAAAAUAUAAUGAUAUCUUAAUAACAUUAUAAUAGUGUUAAAAUAAUUGAUUUUGGAUUAAGCAUAAAGAAUUAAUUAUAAUAUAAUAGGUGUGGAACUCCUGGUUAUAUGGCUCCUGAGAUUGUCAAUAUGAGAAAAGAUUAAUAGAAAGCAUGGACAUCUCUUUGUGAUGUGUUCAGUCUUGGAGUUGUAUUCUUUAAAUUGUAUAUAUAUAUAUAUCUUAUAUUUCUAGAUUAUCUAAAGGAAUCAGUUGUUUUUAAGGUUAAACAUCAGAUUAAGUGUUGGCUAAUAAUAAAAAGUGUUAAAUAGAUUGGUCUAUAGUAUAAUAACAUAAUUAUUCUAAGAACUGCAUAGUAAUAUUUAAAUCUUAUUAAUAGUAAUUAUUAAAGGCGAUGUUAGCUAAAGAUCCUGAAGAAAGAAUUACAGCUUAUUAAGCACUUUAACAUCCAUUCUUUGGAGAUGCCUUCUUAACUAUGUAUACUGAUUAUAAUGGACAUUCAACUAGUCUAAAAUCUAAAUAAAUAUUAAAUCCAACACUUGAAAAACAUUAUUUCGAUUCCUAUUUAAGUAUCGAAGAUAACUCUGUUCAAAAGCAACAAGUAUAUUACAGAGAAAUAAGACCAUCUAUUAUAAGUAGAAGGUAAUAAUGAUUAUAAUUUUUUCAAAAACAGAC